AUGCUUAAAUUAAAAUUUCUAUUCAGCUCUUUCAAAUCUAAGUACAAACUAUUCAAAGAACGUUUAUUUACAUUAUAAACUAAUGUUGAAUAAUGUUAAACACUACCUCAACUUAAUUCAAUUAUGUAAGCAUUUUUAAAUGAAAAAAUUUAUGAUCAAAUGAUGCCAAUGAAGUUUUCUGAUAGCUCUAUAAUUCUUAAUAGACUUAAACAAGAAAUAGAAACAAAUUAAAACACAGAUGAUAUCUUAUUUGAAAACAUGAUUAAAUUUUUAGAAAUGCAAUUCCAAAAACCUAAUUUUAAAGAGUAUAUUGAAUGGUUAUUAUAAUAACCAAUUCAUAAUGAAUAUUAAUUUAUUCUACUCAUUUAAUUCUAUUCUGGUUUGAUUGUGAAUGAUAAAGAAGUUUUUAAUGUAUUCAAGAGAUAAAAGCAUUAAUUCAACACAAUUUUAAUCUAAAUAAUGGAGUAUUGUAUCAAUAAGAAGAAAUUACCAUAAUUAAAAUCUGAUAAAAUUGAUUAAUUAAGAGAAUAUUUGAAUAGUGAUAAUAAUUCACUUAAAGCAUAUGCCUUAUUAUUCUUAUCCUAAUAUGAUACAUCUAUAACAAACUAUCCUAAUGCUACAUGUCAUCCUGAAAUAUUAUUAUAAGUCCUUUAAUACUCAGAAUUAGAUGAUCAUUAAAUGAAUUACCUUGUCUCUCAAAUUUAUUAAGGAAUUAAUUAAUGGCAUAUAUACUACCUUGCUCAACUUUUUUUUUUACUCAAUAAAUUUAAACCAUCCCCAUUGUUUCUUGAUUUAAUAUAAAAAGUUUAUAUUGAACGAAUUCUAGAUUAAGAAGGAAAUUAUUAAUUCGAUUUUAGAAUUUUAAAGAAUUUUAUUCUAGUUUCACAAAAAAAUCAAGCUUUUAAAGAUUAUAAAAUUUAUAUGCUUUUACUUAAAAGAGUUAUGCAAAUGUCUAAAGAAACCAAUUUUAAUGAAAAAACUUUAGAAAAUAUUAUAAGAUCUGUUUAUUUUUCAUUAAGAGAACUUUGUAUUGAAAAUGAAACAUUUUUUGAUGAAAUUCCAUAAUAUAUUAUGAACGAUGAACUUAUUGAUUUAAAAAAAUGUUUAGAAGAAUGGUUAGAGAAAUCUGUCAUUCUAGAAUCACUUUCUGUUGUUAAUUUAUUUAAACUUAAUAUUCCUUAAGGUUUUUGUGAAAAAUAUCUAACUACAAUGAAUAUUUAAGAAAAACAUUUAAGAGCCAUUAUUAGAUUAUUAAAUUAAAGUAAUUAGUUCUAAUUAAAUUAAAGAACUUGUGAAAUUUUAGUUGAUUUUAUUCAUAAAUUUAAAAUAGAUUACUUAAAAUAUUUAUAACCAGAUAAUCUGCAAAUUUAUCCUCAUAAUUUAAUUUAGCAAGUGAUUAAAGCAAUUAUUAAAAAUUCUAAUGAUGAAUCUGUAAUAGAAUUCAUUUACAAAUAUGCUUAAUAUCUAUAAAAUAAUAAAAACAUUUGUGAGUAAAUAGGCCUUAAUUUUUAAUUUAUUGCUCCAUACAUAAAAUUUUAAAUUGAAGCAGAAUUUACAGCAAAAGUGGAUUUUGAGUAAUUACAUAAAUGGUUAUUGAUUUAUAAUAUCUUAGCCCCUUUUGAUGAUGAAAUUAUCAUGAAACUUAAAGAAAAUAUACCCAAAUUUUCACCAUCUCAAAUUUCUAAUUUAUUAUCAUCAUGUGAUCAAUUAAGAGAUAAACUAAAAGAUUUUAAUUAAAUUAAUGAAAUACAAGGUUAAAAUAAUUAUAUUGAUGUCUAUUUAAAUUAAAAAGGUCAUCUACCUAAAUCUAUUUAAACAAUUGAUGAUAUAAUCCUAGCUAACUUUAAAUGCCUCAAUAUGAAUUAUUAUAAAUCGAAAAAAAUAAAAAUUGAACUUUUAAAAAAACUCUAAGAAACAAAUGAAAUACCAAGUAUCGAAUAAGCAUAUGAAUUACUGAUGGGUUGGAGAGUUACUGAUUUUAAUAUUGAUACAUUUGAAAAAUUAAUUAAAAUAGUCAAAGAUUAGAUUAUGAAUUCAGAUUUUCAUCAAAUUCAUAAAUUGAUAUCAGAACUUGUUUAAUAACAUCAAUUACAUCCAGGAAUCUUAUAUAAAGCUUAUUAAAAAGUAUAAAAUGUUUUGAAAAGUAAUUUUAAAGAUGUCAAGGAUAAAGUUAGUAUUAUCAAAUUAGCUAUUAUAUUAAAACGAAUUUAUCCAACUUUGACAAUAGAACUAACACCUUAAGAGGAUGAAGAAUGCUAAUUUGUUAAUUAAAUCAUUGAAAAUAUAUAUUUUAAUAAAGGGAAUUUUAUAACCUAAACUAAACCUUUCAUGAUGAAUUAUAAUUAAUUUUAUCCUUUUGUUUGUAAAAAUUUAUCUGACUUUGUUAAUGAUUUUUAAACAUUCUAAGAUAAUUUAAAUAUAGCUAUAGAUGCAUAUGUUUAAGGAGUGAAGUUAUUAGUUAAUAUUUAAGAUUUAAAAAAGGAACUUGAAAAACCAUCCUUGAGUGCAUUAUAAUAAUUAAAGCUUGCCUGUUUGAUUGUUAAUGUUUAAAAGAAUGAUUUUUUAAAAGAAUAAUUAAAAUUCAAUUUUUCUCAUAUUGAUCCUAGCACAAAUUAUUUAUUUUAAGAUGAUUUAGUUGUCUGCUAUGAUGUAAUGAAUAAAUUAUUUCCAAAUGAAGGUAUAGGAAAAAAGUUAGAAUUAAUGGUUUUUAAGGCGUAUGAUUCUUUUUAUGAACCAACUUUGAUUUAUUUAUUUAGUGAGCGUCUCUUAAAUAGUAGAACAAUUUCAAUAAUUGAAGAUAGAUUAAUAAAAUGGAAAAUUUGA